AUGACGACCGCGACGGCCACACCCAACAGCCACUUUCCCAUGAUGCGGCACAAGCCCAUAGACGACGCCGCCGCCGCCGCCUCCGUAACGCCUUGGGACGUCUCUGGCUGGCAGGACCAGGGAAGCAGCCGGCUGAUCCCACAGGUGUCGACGCAGCGGAUGCUCAUCCCCCUCGAGGUCUACAUUGACUUCAUCUGCCCCUGGUGCUACAUUGAAAUGCGCAGUCUCGCAGCCGCCAUGGACCGCUUCGUCGCGCGGCACCCCGAGGUUGAAUUCGAGGUGCACUGGCGGCCCUUUUACAUUGCGCCCAUGCUCCGCUCCAGCUGCAAGACGCUCGACUUUUACGGCAGCGCGGUGCCCGACGAGGCCAAGCUCCGCGCGCAGCUCGAGCGCGUCCGCGCCGCCGGCCGCGCCCACGGCCUGCCGGCCUUUGAUCACUCGGGCCGCAUCGGCCCCACGCGCGACGCCCACAAGCUCGUCGCGCUGGCUCAGCGUCGCGGCGGCCGCCAGGCCCAGGCGCUGCUCGUGGAGCUGCUCAUGCGCAACGGGCUCGUCGCCGCGAGGGACCUGUCCGACGCGGAGGUGCUGGCGCAGAUUGCGGCGGAUGGGCUGGGGCUCGACAGGGAGGAUGUGUUUUUGGAGCUUGCUGAUGACGACGCCACGCGCCGCAUCGAUCGCGAGGUGGAGGCGGCGCGCGAGGAGCGCGGCAUCGAGGCUGUGCCGUGCGUGACGGUCCUGGGGCGCUUCAAGGUUGGCGGUUUUCAGGACGCGCAAGUCUUUACCGACUUGUUUGACAAGAUUUACGAGGAAAAGCUGGCGUGA